AUGUUCUUUUAUUCCGCUCAAUCAAGAGUUUUACGACGAUUAUCCAUCGCUCCGCAGGGAACCGAAACACGACUAGGACGGCAAGUUGAACUGAUCGCAAAACAAUCAACCACAUCAGACGUGACAGAAAAUGAACAAGAAAAGACUGUGCAGGAAAAGGACCAAAAAAAGAAUAACUCUGACCACCAAAACAGAGCUAUUCGAAGUUCGUCUUUAGCAAAUACUCCAUGGUAUCCAACGUCUGAUAUACAAAUAGACAAAAAGUCCAGCAAACACUACUACCGACGGCCAACAGUGGCCAUACAAAGCGAUGGACGAAUUAUCAUUGAUCACGUCACAACUCGAUGGGAUGGGAUUCCGCUUACAUCGCAGUCAGCGUUGUUGGAAGCAGAGGAUGGUGCGACAGUCAUCACAGAAACGAUGAAAGAGGAUGAAACACAGGAAUCAAAAAAUUGUUCAAAACGUACAAGAAAGUUUUUCAAAAUCUUGAUUCCUCAUGUGAUACUAGUAACAGUAUUAAUUGGAUAUUUGUGUCUUGGCGCGUGGAUUCUUAUGGCAUUAGAAACAAGCACAGAAUUGAUGGGUCGAUCUCGGAAAUUAAUUCAUUUGUCUAAUAUCAUGACAAAUUUCACAGUUGACAGUUGGAGGAUUUUAAAUGAUGCACAACUGGGGAUCCAUUCAAUUGAUCGCUCCGAAUGGACUACAAUUUUCAGGGAGUAUAUGAUGUCAGUAGCAGAAAUAGUGGAUGACCGACGUCCGAUCCGUAGAGAGCUUCAGAAACCAGAUGAUAUUGACAACAUGCACAACAAGUGGACUUUCCCAACUGCCUUAUUAUAUGUACUUACUGUCCUCACUACAUGUGGAUAUGGUGAAGUAUCAGUCGAUACAGAUUUAGGAAAAAUAUUUGCAGUAGUAUUUGCUUUAGUUGGCAUACCUCUCAUGUUUAUCACAGCUGCAGAUAUAGGCAAAUUUUUGUCGGAAACAUUGCUUCGUUUCGUUUCAAACUGGAACAAAAUGUCACACAAAUUGAAGCAAAUCCUAUUUCGAAAACGUUAUAUGCGAAGGAAAUCAUCGCAAUCAACGAGCGGUCAUUCCGAUAUCAUAGAUAUUUUUGGCGUAGAAGGAAGCGAUGGGAAAUUAUGGUUCCCAAUUGGAGCUUAUGUGUCAUGCAUAUGUUUGUACUGCUCGAUGGGUUCCGCCAUGUUCAUCAACUGGGAGCGUUCGUGGUCUUUCCUACAUGCUUUUCAUUUUGGUUUCAAUCUUAUCGUAACUGUCGGCCUUGGCGAUAUCGUCGUCGUUGAUUACAUUUUCUUAUCACUUAUUGUCGCUUUUGUCAUCGUUGGUUAG